CCGACUUGCCCUCAUAUACAUAUAUAUGAAACUUGGACUUUUAUUUGAUUCACCAUUUGAUUUGAAUCACGGCCGUCAACUACUGUUGGAUACUUGGAGGAGAAGUUUUCACUGAAAGUGAAGUCUUCCAAUAAUCAAUUCCAUCUGUUUGGUUCUUAUGCUUGUCUUUAGGGAUCAAUCAAGCAGAGGAUGAUGAAGAGAAGGGAAAAAGGUACAAUUGAUCCAUAUUCACGCGAAAAGCUGGAGAUGAAGAACAUGAUGAUUAGCAUGCUGCCUCUGGAAUGCAUCUCCCAAAUCAUCUCCCUUACAUCCCCUUGCGACGCUUGCAGAUCAUCUCUAGUCUCUUCUGUCUUCAAAGAAGCUGCAGAUUCAGAUUUUGUAUGGGAAAGCUUUUUGCCUUCAGAUAUUAAGCAAAUCAUUUCUAGAUCCAUAUUGCCUUCACCAUCAUCCUUGAACUCCAUCUCCAAGAAGGAUUUGUACUACCAUCUUCGAAUUCAACACCUGCACAUACUCUUAGAUGGUAACAUGAUCUUUGCACUAGAAGAAAAGAGUGGAAAGAAAUGUUAUAUGAUAGGGGCAAGAGGGCUUUCAAUUGCAGGAGAAGAAGAUAAACUUGGUUAUUGGCAAUGGGCAACCGUACCAGCAUCCAGGUUUUCUGAAGUGGCUGAGCUGAAAAAUAAAUUGGGGCUUGACAUCAAGGCACACAUAAAGACUACAAUGUUGUCACCCGGUACAACCUAUGCAGCUUACUUUGUGUAUCAGCUCUUAGGAUGCAGGUUUGGGUUUGCGCAAAGGCCGGUUGAGUUUCGUGUAACUUGGGAACAAAGUCGAGUAGAAGCGCCGUACCAUGACGUGGUGCUAGACCCUUGCACAGUGUCUCCAGGAGCUCAAUAUAGAGAAGAUGGGUGGAUGGAAGUGGAGAUGGGUGAGUUCUUCGUCAAAGGAGGAGAUAAUGCUACUGUAGAAUGUAGUGUGAGGGAAGUUGAUGGCACAAAGAGUGGCCUCCUUGUGGAAGGCGUUGAGUUUAGGCCUAAGCUAGACGUCUAGUACAUGCCAUAAUGAGAUGAAAUGUGGAACCUUUCUCAUGGUUUCAGAUAAGUUAUGACAACCUUGGUUUAUAUUUUAACAAACUCAGCUCCAUCCAA